AUGCCUCGACCUUGGGAGAUCUGGACAGGAAAAUGCAUACCCAUGGUCCCUUUCUGGAUCACCACAACAGCCAUCGACAUCACCAUAGACCUAACCCUGCUCAUCCUCUCAACCCACAUGAUCUGGCUCAAACCCCUCACAACCCACCAAAAAACCACCGCCACAGCAAUCCUCUCCCUCCGAGUACUACUCAUCCUCUCCUCCGCCAUCCGCCUCGCCUACCUCAGCCCCUUCUUCUCCCCCACAGACCCAACCCUAACAUCCACCCCCUACACAAUCCUCUCCCAAAUCCAAUCCACGCUCUCCAUCCUGCUCUCCUGCGCCCUAAUUCUUCCGCCCCUCACCGGCCUCACCACGUCCUCGCCGCCCCACCAUCGGCACGCCAAACACUGGUCCGGCUCGACCAUCGGCACGCCGUACGAAGCCUACCAACCGGCGGACCCGUUUAGUUCGCGGACGUGUAUUGUUGCGCAGGCGCCGGCGCAUGUUCCCACGAGGGCGCACGACGAGGACUUCAUUUUGCCGGAGCGAGUCAGAGUGCCGCCGCGCAGGCCGGAGCCGCCGUGUGAGCGGGACAGACCGGAUCUGAGCAUGUUUAGGAAGACGACGGUGCUCAGGGAGUGUCGGUCGAUGCCGAGUGUGGGGAAGGGCAUGGUUUGA